CCUCCCCUAGCAUGAAUACCGUCGGCUGGUGCGUAGGGCACCAUUUCGCCAGAGAAACAGCGGCCCGGGAAAGCGUUUGCUUUAGUGGACGUUGGCCGGAUGGUUAAAUCCAGCCUACAGACGAUAUUAAAUAGCCAUUGUUUUGUAAGAGAAAAGGAAAGAAAUAUAGCCAAAAUGCCACACGGCGGCCUGAACAGCGUUUGUAAUGUCCUAGGAAGUGAGAGCCCACGUCGGUGCACCCAGUGCUGCAGUAACCUGUGUCCAGGGCCUCGGUGGUGCUCCGAUGGCCCUCACCCACUGUCGAAGAUCCCAGGUGGGCGAGGGAAUGACAAGAGGGAUCACAGUCUUUCAGCUAAGCUCUUCUACUCGGAUGCCCGGUUGCUGGUCCUGGAGGAAUCUGCCCCUUCGUCAGGCCGUGUUCGUUUUUUGCACUUCCAACCUUGCUGGGGGGAGGCUGGGCACUGCUCCUGGAGGGGUGUGCUGAAGGGAGCCGGUCUGUACGUCGAGAUCCCCCCGGGGGUGCUGCCAGAGGGCAGCAAAGACAGCUUUGCUCUCCUACUGGAGUUUGCAGAAGAGAAGCUGCAGGUAGAUCAUGUCUUCAUCUGCUUUCACAAGAAUCGUGACGAUAGAGCAUCACUGCUACGAACCUUCAGCUUCCUGGGCUUUGAGAUUGUGAGACCGGGUCAUGCCCUCAUCCCCCCACGCUCUGAUGCUCUCUUCAUGGUUUAUACCAUGGAGAGAGACUCAUCUGAUGAAUGAUUAAUGUUCGCAGGUUAUGUAAAACAUUCCUUGUUCCUCCUGGAAUUCUUUCAAUUUCUGCAUUGUGGCAGUAUUUUAUUUCCUUUGCCCCCCCCCCUCCAAUCAGUACACUAAAGUCGUAUCAGAGGUACCCCCACUCCUAAUACAGAGCUUAUGGUGUGUCAUUACUAUUAGUCUGUUCUGGGUACCAGAUGUGGAAGUGCUUUCAGUAAGCGUUUUGAUCAAAUACCACGCGAUCAUUCUGUAGAAUUGUGCAAGGUGUAAUUUUUCCGUGGUUUUAUAUUAAUUUGUUUGAUCUUGGUUGUGUGCAUGAUUCUGGAUUGUUUCUGUCACUGGAUUUAUAACCCAUGUUUAAUGCAGUGUGCAAAAUAAAACUGUUCACCUUAA